AUUGGAAUUGAAUCUGAUAUCAAUCUUUGUUUUUGGGGGCGGGUUUGAAUUUUAUGUGAAACAGAGUGAAGAUGGAAGUAGAUGUUCCAGUAUCCGUAGCGUAUAAUUUCUACUUGGAUCGUGAAUCUUUUCCUAAAUGGAUGCCUUUUAUUUCAUCCGUAGAGGUGUUAAAAGACAAGCCUGAUCUUUCACGUUGGUCACUCAAGUACGAUGCUUUUGGUCAAGAUUCACGAUCAAUUGAUUAUGGGAGCUUUGAGUUUGUAAAAGCUGCGUCAUUAGACAAUGAAAUCCAGUUCGUAGAAACAACUAGUAGUGAUGUCGCCAAGCUUCUCUUCCCUGACCUUAAAACCAACAAUGUGUUUGUUGGAUUGGUUAAAACUGAGGCUGAGAGGUACACUGCAUACGAACGAAAACGGUAGUGGGUUUUAUGCUAACAGUGGUGCUGCUGGUUUGGGGUUUGGAUUUGGUCAGCCGAAUCAAAACAGAAUAUCUUUCAACGGCAACCAUGAUAUUAUGAUCUUCAAUCAAGCACCUGGUUCAGGCCUCAAAGUGGGUGGAAAAAUGCAACAGCAGCAGAAACCACAUCAGCAGCAGCAGCACCCAUAUCAGACGAGGAAGAAGAAGCAAUACGGGCCUGGAGAAGGUUGUUGAGAGAAGGCAAAAGAGAAUGAUCAAGAAUCGUGAAUCAGCUGCUAGAUCAAGAGCUCGAAAACAGGCUUAUACCUUGGAACUGGAAGCCGAGAUUGAAAGUCUUAAGCAACUGAAUCAAGAUUUGCA